GUUUAAAGUUAGAUUCCGACGAGAGCGAUGAAGCAAUCGAUCAAUGGACUCAGGAAAGGAAAUUACAAGUGCAACUCUAUGAAAAUGCGGUCGAAAAGCUCGACGAAAGGCUAAAACAUGACGAAACUAUACGCAAGGAAAAGGCUCGUAACGACAAGCUAAACGAGGAAUCUAUUAUUCGAGACUGG